ACGAUUCAUUUCACGACCGACAAGCAUUCAAAUACGAGCCCGGACGCGCAACGGCGCUCCUAUCAACUGAUGUCAUUAAACGCAUCUGUCGUCACUCUGUACAGACGAAAGCGAUCACGCGACAGUUUGUGUGUGAGACACUCGUUCGAUUGAUUUUUUCAAGUCACUCAACAAACGACAAAGUCCGUUCGAAACAAUGUUGUUAACGAUGACAUUUACAAAAACAAUACUUGAAGUGUCAAAGAAUCAUCAGUGAAACAGUCCUCUUCGUGUACUUUUUAAAAUUGAGUUGAAUUAAUGUCACGACAAUGACUUAUUUCAUUGGCUGUCGAAUUAAAACCUCUUUGCAAUGAUAUUUAAUGAACGGAAUAAAUGAUACAAGGUUAUUAACAUGAACGUGUGGUGACAAAAUGACCUUUUAAAAAAGGAAUUCAAAUGGAGUUAAAUCGUCAAAUCCAGCGAAAUUACGUCGAAUAUAGUUCACGCUAAAAAAUGAACUCAGUUGAGCGUUCGUAUUCAUUUUGUUCAAAUUGAUUUGAAUCAUUUUGCAAUUCAAUGUGAAUUCAUUUGAGAGGUUAUUGAAAUAAACGAUGAAGCCACUUAUGACUAAGCUAUUCAUUUCACCAGUUUCGAAAGAUUUUUGAAAUUCUAUUUGAACUCAAAGUCGAUUUUUUCGAAGCCAAUGAAAUGAUUAAAUACACGGCUGAAACUCCUUUCGACGUGAAAUUAAAUUGAUUUGAUUUAAGAGUUAAUGACAUGAACACACGAGGCUUUAUUAAAACAAGAAGACGUCAUUAAAAUGGAUUCGUAAAUGUAUUCGGUAAAACCUGACUAUAUUAAUGUGUGUUAUACAAUACUGUAAGUAUUACUGGUUUUUUUUAAACACCUUAAUUUCUAUCAUGUGGGAAUCAAUCCCAAGUUUCAAACGCGGACAAAUCCUAAAGCAAGUAUGACGAUAAAAUGAAUUCGCUCAAACUUUGCGAGGUAUCACUCCGCGUAUCCACACGUGCACACGAAAACUAUUCAACCGUUACUUUACUCCACCUUAGCGAUAGACGAUCUCUGGGCCGCAAGCCUCAACGUCAUCCAAAGCGCUGUUGCCUUCACGGUUGCUCCACAAAGUCGGGCACGACGCGAACCAAUGAAUCACGAACGCAAAAUCGCGAGCGGGUUCGUCACAGAGCCUCGUCGCUUGCUCGCGUUGCGGGACGCAAAUCGCGUCACGCCGUUUAAACCCCUGCGAGCAAACGCCCCCCACCCCCAAACCAACAAACGCGUGGCCGUAAGUGCCGUAAAUGACGGGAAGGGGCGAAGUGGAGUCCGAUCAUUGAGCAAGGAAUCAAGAUGUUGAUUCAACUCAGAGGAACAAGUGUGUGGAUGAUAUUCAUCUGAGAAUUCCAACAGAGAUCGCGACAUAUUUCAACUUGGAGAAAUUAUAAAGGCAAACAAAAAUAAAAUGAUAAAAAUCUGAAGAGAUGGGUCGUCAUUUGUGACAAAUCUAAGCAACGAAUGUGGGAAAGCAAUGGAGCCAAGUAUGACGACUGGAAGUCAUUGAGGUGAAAGAGUUAAGUGGACGAAUAACAAAAGGGGUCAUGAAUCGAUGGAAAUGUGGAUACAUUCGAAGAAGGCAAACGUUUUACGAAAUGCUGCCAAGCGAAGGAAGUUGUACGAAUUGAGUUUGACGUGAUUAUUUUUGGGAUUCCAAUGUGAGAGAAUAUAUUCCACCUCUGUUAAGAUGCUCGACAUGAAUGAAAGAAAUAAGUGACCACAUGAAAAUGGCUCAUGUCAAUUCUAUGAUCCAUUUGUCAUUUAUAAAGCAUGGGAGGAAGCAAAUGAUGGAGUAUUUUAUUGAGUAGGUAGAUGAAGGCCUUCUGUAUGUAUGUAUUUGUGAAUAACGCGAUGAGAUGGAAGAAUUUGCGUGACCUUUGUUCGGAUCUGCGGGUUGGGGGGCACGAGUGCUGCACACUCUCGUACAGUAGGGGGCGGUACGCACCUAAACGGUGUUUGCUAUGCUAUCCGUUCAUAAAGGGAGGAAGAAGAAGACGACGUGGUGUAAAUUCCGAGUGGUGACAAGCGACGCCUGAACGCACCCUGCCAAGCCAGUCGCUCCGGCGAGGAUCCGAAAGCAAAGUUCAGAGUUCCGCCGAGCCGAGCCGAGCCGAGCUUUGCCGUACGGAGCACCAGCACCGCGCACCGCGGCCAAGAUGCCCACCGCGGAGAAGGACCUGGCGGACAACGCGGCCUGGAAGAAGAUCCAGCAGAACACCUUCACGCGCUGGAUCAACGAGCACCUCAAGUGCGCCAACAAGCGGAUCGUGGACCUGCAGCUGGACCUGGGCGACGGCCUGCGGCUCAUCGCCCUUCUGGAGGUCCUCAGCCAGCAGAAGAUGCACCGCCGCUUCAACCUCAGGCCCAGCUUCAGGCAGAUGAAGCUGGAGAACGUCUCGGUGGCGCUCGAGUUCCUGGACAACGAGAACGUCAAGCUCGUGUCCAUCGAUCCGGGAACAAUUGUGGAUGGGAACCUGAAGCUGAUCCUGGGUCUUGUGUGGACCCUCAUCCUGCACUACUCCAUCUCCAUGCCCGUGUCGGAGGGCGACGACAGCGAGUCCGCAUCCAAGACCCCCAAGCAGCGUCUGCUGGGCUGGAUCCAGAACAAAGUCCCCGACAUGCCCAUCACCAACUUUCAGCAGGACUGGCGGACGGGGAGGGCGCUGGGGGCGUUGGUGGACGGCUGCGCGCCAGGCCUGUGUCCCGACUGGGAGACUUGGGAUCCAGUGAAGCCGGCGGAGAACGCCACAGAAGCAAUGCGGCUGGCUGACGACUGGCUGGGCAUCCCUCAGGUGAUCGCCCCAGAGGAGAUCAUCGACCCGCAGGUGGACGAGAUGUCUGUGAUGACGUACUUGUCUCAGUUCCCCAAAGCCAACUUGAAGCCCGGCGCUCCCCUCAAGCCCAAACUCAACCCCAAGAAGGCGCGAGCCUACGGGCCAGGUAUCGAACCGACGGGCAACCGGGUGCUCCGCCCCGCCGUGUUCACGGUGGACACGUUCAGCGCCGGGCAGGGUCAAGUGACGGUCUAUCUGGACCACCCGGGCGGCACCAGACAAGAGCUGAAGGCGGAGCCCAACGAUGCCAAGAAGACGUACGACGUCACCUACGUCCCUCAAGUAGUUGGAACCCACAAGGUGACGGUGUUGUUUGUGGGCCAGCCCAUCCCCAAGAGCCCCUUCGAGGUGGGUGUGGACAAAGCGCUGGGCGACGCCUCCAAGGUGGCGGUGAAAGGGCCGGGAAUCGAACCAGUGGGCAAUAUCGCCGACAAGUCCACGUACUUUGACAUCUACACUGCAGGAGCCGGUACGGGAGACGUGACGGUGAUGAUCAAAGACCCGCAGGGCCUUGACGACGUCGUGGAGGCGAUGAUGGAGGACAAGGGCGACAACUUGUACCGCUGCACCUACCGGCCCACGCAGGCCGGCCUGCACGCGCUCGCCGUCACCUUCGGGGGCGCCGCUGUGCCAAAGAGUCCUUUCAGCGUGGACGUGGGACCGGCCUGCCUACCGGGCGCGUGCAGGGCAACUGGUCGCGGCCUGCAGGCGACGGGUAUGAAACACGACGCUUACUUCACAGUAACAUGGAGCUGGACAAUUUUGGGCCGCGUUUUGAACUUGGAAGUACCACAAGCGCAAAAACCAUCAAGCGAAUCACACGAAACAUAACAGUAAACAAACGGCACGAUUGCAGUAGCAUACACACACCAAUCAAGGUAGCGCGUCAGCGCGAGCCCAGCUGAGGUGACGGUGACGUCGCGUCACGGCUUCGCCUCGGCUGAUGGAAAGCAGACGCUAGUUUGACGCCGCCCCUCCCCCACUUCUUCCUCCUCUUCCUCCCCGCAUCAGGAUGUUUAGCUCGGAUAAACGCAAUCACGGGCCGGCGUAAACAAACGGCAGCCACGCUGAGAUCAUUUAUUUGGUCGUUAUUAUCGUAUGUCAGUUUUCCACCGAUCUUCAUCGACAGCGUUCACAUAAGAUGCAUGCUGCGCUAUAAAGCCCUCGCUAUUAUUUCCUAUGUCUCAUGGCGCUAAUGUCAUCCAAGUAUCAGAUGUUUGCAAACGAUGCAAAAAACGUAAAAAAAAAAAUGUACGCAUUUGCGAUCCCCGUAAUUUUGUGCUUUUAGCCGGCUGUUUGCAAGGUAGAAGAUUGCAUCCGAUAGGCAAGCGAGGCCCUGCCGGCGAAAACCGUGUGGCAAACCUGUCGAAAUGAGGCAGAUGAAGUGUAAGCCUCAGUAAGAGCCCAACUCAAGGGAGUUUGCGACGUACGCACGGACGACGGCGCCCCGCGCGGCCGGCCGUGCGUGCCCUGCCACUCUGUCUUGACAUACAUGCGCGCCGACGUCAUCGUUGACGCGCCUAAAUACGGCGGCUUCCAACCAGAGCUCGUAUGCGACGAAGAUCUUGUUUUCACGACAGUCGUCCCUCGUUUAUCGCGGGGCUCGGGUUCCGAACCGUCGCCGCGACGGACCUCCGUCUUGAUAAGCGACUUGACGCUUACGUCGACGUGCGCGUGUCCCGCGAUUGAAUGUGGCGCACGUGGAUACCCCCAAUCGGAAUAGAUCACGUCACAUGUACACAGUUCAUCAGAAUGAAUUCAAUAGGAAUGAUGAAAAUGUCUGCGUGCAAACCCGGGGCCGCGGAGUCAAAAACAUCUUGAAACGGCGGAUUUCAAAUACUGGAAAAAUCCUUAAGUCGAGGCACUCUUAUCUCAAGGGACCACCGCUCGAGCGAUAUUUUCCGUGACUCGCAAAAUGUCGGCUAUUCCCAUCAGCGCUUGGUCCCGAACCUUAAAACGGCCCUCGUCCCUCCCUCGCCACCGCUGCUCCGUCCUCCCGUGUUGGUUUUGGCUGAUUUCUUCUUAUCCCUCUCCUCCCCGAAAACCCCUCAUUCCCCCCCAAUGGCCAUCCA